AAGCUGAAUGUGUAAUUGUAAACUGUACUGUAGUGAAGUCACCACAUACAUAGAUUUAUAUCUGCGUGAAAUUUAUCCUGUUAUCUAAAUUUUUGAUUUUAAAGUUCCAAAACAAAGCUGUCCCUAUACUGCAUUGUUAUUGAAUCGUCUACUCCAAGAAAGAUCACGUGGUACAGUACAUAACUGUUAGUAGAGAAACUGAUUUCCACCAUGCCAAUGUAUGAUGGCUACAGUUUGCUCACAGAAAAACAAGCGAUUGUAUUGGAUCUUGGAACAAAAUAUACUAAGUUUGGGUUUGCUGGAGAGGCUAGCCCAAGGUGUAUUGUUCGUUCUGAAGUAAAAUGUCCAAAAACAGGCCAGGUGAGAGAAGUUAUGAAUUAUACGGACAAAGAUGAUUUGUAUGGUCUACUUGUUGAUUUCUUACACAUGCUCUUCUUUAAACAUGUACAGUUGAGCCCCAAAGAAAGACGACUGGUAGUUGUGGAGUCAUUGCUCUGUCCCACCAUUGUGAGAGAUACUCUGGCGAAAGUAUUAUUUCAGCAUUUUGAGGUGUGCUCCCUACUGUACGUGCCGUCACACCUGGUGUGCCUGGCGACGCUGGCGGUGGACACGGGUCUGGUGCUGGAUGUUGGCCACCAGGAAGCUCUGCUAGUUCCGGUGUACGAGGGGGUACCUGUGUUACGCAUUUGGCAAGCCCAGCCACUCGCAGGGGCGGCCAUUGAACAGAGGCUGCGCAACUCUCUUGUCGAAUGGUACAGUAACCAAGACUCUCUCGGUGACUCCAUACGAAAGUCUCAGGAGGCUAGUAAUCUCUCAGAGUCCAUCAUUGAAGAUAUAAAAGUGCGAGGGUCAUUUGUAACAAAGCAGGAACGAGGGAUCGUCUACUGGGAUGGAAAGGAACCAUCACCCCCCAUCCCCGAUCUCACCUAUCCCAUUGAUGGUGAUCGCACUAUCUCUAUUCCGGGACCAGUUCGUGAGGCUUGCCACGAGGUCCUGUUUGAGCGGGACAACGACCAGAUGUCCCUCCCUAACAUGAUACUGGAUGCCAUUCUGAAGAGUGCUGUAGACAUGAGGAGGCCACUGGCGGAGAACAUCGUGUUGGUGGGUGGCUCAGUGAUGGUGCCAGGGUUCAAGGCUCGACUACUGGCAGAACUACAACUGCUUUUGGAAUCUCCACAGUACAAGGACCAGCUCAACAUCAAUACUUUCAAGUUCCACAACCCUCCUGGCAAGGAAAACUACAUUGCCUGGCUUGGAGGAGCCCUGUACGGUGCCACUGACAUGAUCACAAUGAGAUCACUCACCAGAGAGAGCUACUCCACCCUGAACAGUGUGCCGGACUGGUGCAGUCUUCUCCACAACAGGCUAGACCACUCAGGACUCAGCAUUUGUGUUAACACUAUUCAUGUAUAUUAAUAAAUUACAUUGUGUGUAGGAGCCCUGUACGGUGCCACUGACAUGAUCACAAUGAGAUCACUCACCAGAGAGAGCUACUCCACCCUGAACAGUGUGCCGGACUGGUGCAGUCUUCUUCGCAACAGGCUAGACCACUCAGGACUCAGCAUUUGUGUUAACACUAUUCAUGUAUAUUAAUAAAUUACAUUGUGUGUAGGAGCCCUGUACGGUGCCACUGACAUGAUCACAAUGAGAUCACUCACCAGAGAGAGCUACUCCACCCUGAACAGUGUGCCGGACUGGUGCAGUCUUCUCCACAACAGGCUAGACCACUCAGGACUCAUCAUUUGAAAAAAGCUUCAUCUUGAUCUAAAAAAAGUGUUUGCCCCAUGAGCCUACCCAUCCUCUCCUGUCACACUUUUAUGAGCUCCCCAUGAUUUUUAAGUUGAAUUACGAAAGACUGACAUUACUGUUAUUGUGAAGAGUUUUGUAAAUGGGAGAGGAUCGUGAAGGAAUGGGAGAGGAUUGAGACAAGUGACUUUAAACUAUAAUUCUGAAGAAAUAAUUGUCAAAAAUUAAGUUUUGUUUAUUACGGUAUUAACAUUAGUAUUGUCUUAUAAAAUUAAAUGUGUGAUGUUGAUGAUGUGAGAUAUAAAUUAUGAUCGAAACAUUCACAAGUUCUUCAUUUAAUUGUCAUAUUAUAUUAAUAAGAAUUUACAUUUUUAAUAUGAUUCUCAUUUGUAAAAUUAUUAUUAUUAUUCAGAAACUAAUAAUGUUUUGAGAAUUGGGCUCUAGUAAUUUCACUUGGUAAUUAUACUAUGUUACUAAGUGAUGAUGAAUGAAGGAAAUGGUUAAUUGUGUGUAAAGACUAAAUUUUCCUACUUACAUUUUUGUGCUUUUUUACAUAUAAUCAUCACAAUAUUUAUAUUUAUUGCAGAUAGCGAAACAAGUAAUAUCAUAGGUUGUUUCUUUCCUAAUACACAGUUUUCAUGGUUGUUUUAUCCACUCUUUUUGCUUAGCCUUAAAAAUAUGUGAAACAUACCUUAUUAUUGUAAAUAUAGAGAAUAUUGUGCAUAUUCCAUACAUUAUAUAUUACUUAUUGUGCAUUUUGUAAAUAAAUUUAAAUUAUUUAUACUAUUGAUA